CUUCCUACUUGCUCUUCAAUAUGUGAUACCAACAUUAUUACUACUACUUUUUGUGAAAAAGGUCGUUUAGUUUUUUCUUUAUUUGGGAAUGUUUCAAAAAGGUCGUUGUGUUUUUUUUUUUUUAGCUUGGUUUCAGGUGGGCCAUUGAAAAGUUGAUGUAGCGGCGAAAAAAAUAAGAACACUUACAGGUUUAGAACUUUUGGGAUGGGUUAUUGGAGAAGCUGGAUGUUGGUCUAUGCUCAAGGGUGGCAUGACGGUGAAUGUUUCAGGCCCCGCUGAUCUAUAUUUUGAGAGAAACGAUACAUCUGUAGAUUUACUGGUGGACAGCGUAAGCAUACAACCAAUUAGUCAAGAAGAAUGGAAAUCCCACCACGAUCAAAGCAUCGACAAGGUACGGAAGAGCAAGGUAAAGUUUCAAGCAAUUGACCCCCAGGGCCAGCCGUUAGCAAACGCAACCAUUUUCAUGAAUCAAAAGUUGUCAGCAUUUCCUAUUGGCAACGGAAUGAGUCCUCGCAUCCUUAAUAAUCCAGCUUACCGAGACUGGCACAAUUCCAGGUUUAAAUGGACCGUUUUUGAGAACGAACUGAAAUGGCACAUUAAUGAAGCAACCCCCGGCAAUGAAGAUUACUCUCUAGCAGAUGCCAUGCAUAAAUUUGCCAAGAAAAAUGACAUGGUAGUUCGAGGACACACCAUUAUCUGGGAAUACGGUAAAAACCGGAUCUUUAAAAAAAGAGCGCCUAUUGCCGAACAAGGAGUCGCAAUAGCCCAGUUGCAGAGCAAAAAUGAUGAAACGGCUCCGGAGAAGACUAAGGGUGUCGCCGAACCCAGAAGGGAAGAAGCUCGGAUGGUCGAGAGCAAUGGGUCCGGGGCUGGUUCGUCCACCGAAGUAUUGAGAAUGCUCGAAACAUUGGCAAAGCGGGUAGACUCAACCGAGAAGAGGGUGGAGACCUAUAACUCUCGGGUGGACCAGAUCCCGGGGGCUCCGCCCAUUCUGAAAGGACCGGAUUCGAAGAGGUACAUUCAGAGGCCUUUUCCUCCGAGUGCGGCUCCUAAGUUGAUCCCAAAGAGGUUCAAAAUGCCGGAUAUCCAGAAAUAUGAUGGUACAACGGAUCCUCAGGAACACGUGACUUCAUACACUUGUGCCAUAAAAGGCAACGAUGUCGAAGAAGACGAAAUUGAAUCCGUAUUGUUGAAAAAGUUCGGGGAAACGUUGUCAAAAGGAGCAUUGACUUGGAAGUCGAGUGCCCGGUAUGGUUAG